GAGAUCGAGGAAUCUGAAGGUGUUCAAGGAGCCGUGACUGUUCGCACACUCGAAAACUUUGUGAGGAAGUGAAGUGAAUUGAUGUAAGUCUUGAAUAAUUAAAGAGACAAGCGACGUAAAAAUGGUGGAUACGUGAAGAUAUAUCACAUUAAAAUUUACGAGAAAUUAACGAGCCUAACGAGAUUUUAAAGAGGAGGAGCUGGAGUUAUUAUCAUGAAACAAUGACAAGACACUUGUACGCUUAAUAAAUAUAUACAGAUCUUAAGAGAAAAGGGGAUCAUAAGAGAAAGUGAGGAGUAAAGGAGGAUAGAAAAUAGAGAGACAAAAUACGGCUAAUUAAAAUGUGAAAUGAAAAUCUGAUAAACAAGACAAAAAGUGAAGAAAAUUUAGUUACAAAUGGAUAAAUACUAACAAAACGAGAUAACGAAGACUAUCUUGUAGACUAAAACGUAGAGUAUAAAGGAAAAGGAAAGAUGUAGAAAAUUGGACAGAAUUGUCGGAGGAAGACAAUUACACAGGUAUUCCCGAAGAAAAUAAAGAAAACAUAUACUGGUAUAUAGAGCGUUAAAGGUAGAAAAAUCGAUUUAGAAUUGGAAGCAAUAAAGUGUAGGAAUCUUGGUGAAAAGAAAAAAGGAAGAUAUUUGGCAGAGUUGAGAUUGAUGUUGAGAGGAAAGUGGGCGAGAAGAAGCUAGAUAAAUGAACUCACCGAGCAGAAAACUUGGCAAGGCCAAAAGGAGCAGCAAGGAUACGCAAACCUUAAAUGAAGGAUAAUCGCGAGGAGAAGCGUAUUCAAACCGCGACACGGUAAAUAAGAGGAGGAGAUAGAUUAACGUGGAAUCAUCACAUGUUCUCAACCAUAAGAAACGAUAAAUAUAUGCCCACGCUAGGAAUACAUCGGAUACGUGACAAGAUUUGCGAGAACAGGACAUACUUCCAUAAAGUUUACCUUACUUAUCUUUGUACUGUAAAUGAUGGCGAACAAACAUUCGCAGAUGAUCAGUUUCAAAAUGGCCGAUUUGCUUUAAAACGCAUGUGCUCCCGUCGAGAUCGUGUAGUACAUCGAAGAAAUACAGGGACGCGAAUCGCACUUCGUCAAUCGUAUCAGCCACGAAGUGUUCGCGCGAGUAAGCCGCUUCGAUCAUCCGUUCUUAGCGAUUUAACAAACUUGACGCGACAGACUUUAUCAAAAACACGCAGAUUUCUUGAAUUUCGACCACGUGCACUGUGUUCAGGAAUACAAGACAACGUAAAGAUUUCGCAGAUGAGGAAGCUGUUAGGAUAAUUUACGCAUUAUUUGAGCGUACUUUUACUGCCGAUUUACGAUUUGAGAAAAACCAGAGUUUAGUCUUCAUCAUCAUAUCAUCAUCGAUCUCCAACGAUAUAUCGUCAGUAUAUACAUAUAUACUUUUGUUCUCACAGUAUAGUGCAAUCUCUCGUUUUCGUCGAUGCGGCGGGAACUUCGACGGAAGUGGCAGAAAGCGGAAGCAAUACCGAAAUCGAACGCGGAGUGCUGCCGCGCGGUCUACGGGUUUCGUGACGCGAGGUGGUGAUCAUCCCCCGUUGUGGGUCGCCUCGGUUAGUGUCUUCCGCGACUCGGGGGGUCGCGUCCGAGACUCGCCGCCGCAACAUGGGCUGCGAACUUAGCAAACUAGCCACCACGAAAUCGCGCAAUCAAGCCGGAAACGAUGGCUCAUCGCCGCCGCCGCCGCCGCCGGCCGCCACGGAUCCUCGACUUCCGCUCACAGCUCGGCAAAAAUUUACAGUUAUUGCCAGCUGGAAAGCGGUCUCCAGGGCAUUAGAGCCCACGGGUAUAUACAUGUUCAUAAGGUUAUUUGAAGAGAACGCGGAAUUGCUAAAUAUGUUCACGAAGUUUCGGGAUCAAAAGACAAAGGAGCAACAGUCCACGAGUAUGGAAUUGGCCGAGCACGCGAAAACGGUCAUGACCACCCUCGACGAAGGUAUCAAGAGCCUCGACGACAUGGAUGCGUUCCUGACAUACCUUCACGAGGUCGGGGCCUCUCACACGAAGAUCCCCGGAUUUAACCGGCAAUACUUCUGGAAAAUCGAAAAACCGUUUCUGGAUGCGGUGGAACGCACGCUGGAGGAUCGAUACUCGGAAAAUGUGGAGAACAUCUACAAGCUAACGAUCAAGUUCAUCAUCGAAACACUAAUCGACGGCUUCGACAAGGCACAGAGUGACAAGGCCAAGUCCUAGUCGUCCUAGUCGUCCCGAGGAUCCGUUAUUACACGAUAUCAGCGGGAUAUCACAAAGUCGUUUGGAGCCCGCGACUUUUCCCCGGCGAACCGCGAUCGCGCCACGAUAAAUGUUGCAUGAAAUGAAUAUUAAGAGUCCGUGUAAAGCCGUCGCCGCACGAGAAGGAUCGCGGACCACAUCGAGCGCCCUUUCAUUCUUUCUUCGUCAUCGAAGUGUAACUUGAGGACUCGUGUCGGGCGUCGAAUUUCGUGGCAAACAAUAUCGAUCGUUUGAGUAUCAAACUGGUGCAAUCGGGCGAUAGCUCUCAGCGAUAAAGCAAGGGAAGGGGAAAUUGGCAGAAGAGUAUAUAUUUACAACGAUGAAUGAGAAAAAAAAUGAACGAGGAAGAAUUGGGACGAAUCAAAGGAUAUAAUUUAUUAUUAUCCGACAAGAAAAUAAUCUUGUGAGAAUAAAUAUGAAAUCGACAUCGCGCAGAGAGAUUUUCUACGAAAAUAAUUUGGUAUCUUUCUUCUCACGUUUCUCAUCGAGAAUCUCGAGAUCGAUCACGUAUGGGUAAAUAGAGACAUUUGUCGACCUGGUCGCGUCCUCGAAGAACACUCUGGGCAUUUUACACUUUAUCCUGAAGAUUUAAGGGCUACUAGGAAGCAAAGUAAUGUGCGAUCACAACUGCAUCAUGUCCCGCGUGCGGCGGGGUUUAAGCGAUAUAACAAGAAAGGGAAAAAAAACGAAAAAAAAAACGGAGAAUACUGUAAAACAAAAAAAAAAUAUUUCGUACGGAACAAAAUGCACAAAACGAGUUGUACCUUCUUUUCUCGCAGAAAUCGAAAGACCUAUCUAACCGAAAGUCUUCAUGAAACGCGCAGAAAGCACACACGAGAGAGAAAUAUAUAUUAUUAUAUGAAUAUAUAUGAGAUAUAAAAAAAUUGCUAGUAUACCUUGCAGUUAUGCGAAUGUUGCAUUGUCUAACUGUUUGUUCCAUACAGAUCCAGAUGUAUUAUUGUAUCCGAUGGAGUAUUAUAUAUCAAAAUAUAUAUAAUAUAUAUCUAUAUAUAUUACGAUCC